CUUCACCUAGUGACACGCGCUUGAUCACGUGAUCACAAAACGUAAACAAUAAACGAGCACGUGUUUACUAUGUGUACACUCAACGAAGCCAAAGAACGUUAGUGAUAAUUUAUGGGACUGCGUUUAUAGAUUAAGUUCGCCUAUCCGUUCAAUGUGAACGAAUAUUAAGACUUUUUUUGAAUGAAAAGCGACACGUCAGACUGCACCUAGAUCUAUUUUUAAUUUCGGAAUUGUGUCAAUCAUGACAGUCUCCCAAAAUUUUCCCCAAUCAGAGUGAGGCUUUUGACCUUGUUUCCGGAAAUUGAAAAAAAUGGCGCACAUGGAUUCGUCAACAAUUACAGUGAAAACAGCAGACGGCCGGCUGACUCCCGACAAAGACGAUAUGUUAGAUCCUGGCGGUGACGAAAUGAAGAAGAGUAGUUCUAGAUUCAAAGUAGCUCGAGUUGAAUUUGUUGAAAAGAAGGACGACAAUGAAAAUGAGGAUGGGGACUGGAGUAAAACCGACCAAGUCAAUCAUGGCAACAGAAGCCCGGAAUCUCCAAGUGUUACGUUUUCCCUUGGAACCGAUUCCUUGACACAUUCAUAUGAUACAGGCAACAUGAAAACGUUUGCAAUGAACACACAUGAAGCCUUGCCAUGUAUGGAUCAUUAUAGGAAUAUUUUGUCAGCCACAGGAGUUUUGAAAAGUAGACCGACAUUGGCAGAAUUACAUGAAGAAAUGGCAAUAGAAAUGGAUGAAGCUGGUGGUGAUGCUAGAGGAAGACAUAAAGAGCCAUUAAUAGGUAGUGAGGAGAAGAUAAUAGGUGAUGGACAGCCUGUAGUAACAACAGAAAAGACAACCGGUUCAACCAAGUUUGGUUGGAUCAAGGGCGUUCUGAUAAGAUGUUUAUUAAAUAUAUGGGGUGUUAUGUUAUUUAUACGAUUGUCAUGGUGUGUAGGACAAGCUGGUAUGGUGUGUACUUCAUUAAUUAUUUUAUUAUCGGGUGUCGUAACAACUUUAACAGCUUUAUCUAUGUCUGCUAUAUGUACAAAUGGUUCAAUAAAGGGAGGUGGAGCCUAUUUUAUGAUAUCACGAAGUUUAGGACCUGAGUUUGGUGGUGCCAUAGGUCUGAUAUUUUCUGUAGCUAAUGCUGUAGCUGUAGCUAUGUAUGUUGUUGGUUUUGCUGAAACUGUUAGAGAUUUAUUAAAGGCCAAUGAUGCGUUAAUGGUAGAUGAAGUGAAUGAUAUACGUAUUGUUGGUGUUAUAACUAUUGUAAUAUUAUUAGGUAUAGCUAUUAUAGGAAUGGAGUGGGAAGCCAGGGCACAGUUAAUCCUGUUAGGAGUAUUGAUAAUAGCUCUAGUAGCUAGUGCUGUGGGUUCUUUUUUGCCACCUCCAGAAGAGAAAGUUGUUAAAGGAUACAUAGGUUAUAAUGUAAAAUUAUUUGAGGAAAAUCUGUUACCUGAUUAUAGAGAAGGAGAAAGUUUUUUUUCUGUGUUUGCUGUUUUUUUCCCUGCUGCUACUGGUAUUCUAGCAGGUGCUAACAUAUCGGGGGAUUUAAAAGAUGCAUCUGCAUCGAUUCCAAAAGGAACAUUGAUGGCUAUCUUGCUGUCUACCAUUAUAUAUCUUAUUGUUGCCUGGAUGUUGGGAGCUAGUGUAGCAAGAGAUGCUACUGGUUAUCUCCCUGCUAUAGUAGUCACCAACUUCACUAGUACAAUAGUAAAUGGUACAACUGUAAUGAAUAGUACCAAUAUUAUUAUUCCCAGACAUUAUAAUUUAGAUAUUAUACGAAAUUGUAGUCAGACAGCAAGUGGGGUUUGUGAUAAAUAUGGAUUAUUGCAUGAUUAUCAGGUUAUGGAAAUGAUGUCUGCAUUUGGACCAUUAGUAACGGCUGGUAUAUUCUCUGCAACCCUAUCAUCAGCAUUAGCUAGCCUUGUGUCAGCUCCUAAAGUCUUCCAGGCUGUGUGCAAGGAUAAAAUAUUCCCUAAAAUCCACAUUUUUGCUAAAGGUUAUGGCAAUGAUGACAGUCCAAGAUUGGCAUAUUUAUUAGCUUUUGCGAUUGGUUUUGCUUUUGUAUGCAUAGGUGAUUUAAAUGCCAUAGCUCCUGUGAUAUCCAACUUCUUUCUCAUGUCGUAUGCCCUGAUUAACUAUUCCUGUUUUGAUGCCUCAUUAGCUAGAUCUCCAGGUUGGAGACCAGCAUUUAGAUUUUAUUCUAUGUGGAUUAGUUUAUUAGGAGCUAUAAUAUGUCUAGCUGUUAUGUUUAUAAUUAAUUGGUGGACAGCUUUAAUAACAUUUGGUGUUAUUUGUGCCUUGUUUGUUUACGUCCAUUAUAGAAAACCAGAUGUUAAUUGGGGUUCAUCUACACAAGCCCAUGUAUAUAGAUCAGCUUUACAGUCGGCACUAAAAUUAAUAUCAGUUGAAGACCAUAUCAAAAAUUUUAGACCACAAGUAUUAGUAUUAUCUGGUGUACCUGAGAACAGACCAGCUCUAGUAGAUUUUGUAUCUCAUAUAACUAAAAAAAUCAGUUUAAUGGUCUGUGGUAACAUUGUGGUGGGUGACCAAAAGCAUAAUUUAAAAGUAGUAUUAUCAGAAGAAGCGUAUGCUUGGUUGAAUAAAAGACAUAUCAAAUCAUUCUAUAGAACGGCUACAGCACCAUCGUUUAGACUGGGAGCACAGUCCUUAAUGCAGUUAUGUGGUAUUGGUAAGCUUCGUCCUAAUCUAUUAAUGAUGGGCUUCAAAUCAAACUGGUCUUCAUGUUCCGGUAAAGAAGUUCUUGAAUAUUUUAAUGUCAUUCAUGAUGCAUUUGAUCUAAGAUUUGGUAUAGGUAUAUUAAGAUUAAAGGAAGGUUUUGGUCUUGAUGUUGAUCAUGAGGCAGAUUUUGAACCAGACACACUUGAUCCAACAGAGGAUGAUGUGAGUGAAGAUGAUAUAACACCAGAAGAUACACCACCUCUUCUACAGGAGACUAAAACAACAUCUAAUAUUAACGGUGGCGAACAUAAAAACGCUAAUAAUGGUGGUGCACCAGUACCUAAACCUGACUUACAGAUAAAUAAAGAAGUUUUAAAAGCUAUGAAUAAAUUUCAUCGUGGUAAAAAGAAGGGAACAAUAGAUGUAUGGUGGCUGUUUGAUGACGGCGGUUUAACAUUGUUGAUACCCUACAUUUUAACAACUAAAUCUCACUGGGGUAAUUGUAGAUUACGUGUAUUUACUGUCAGUAAGAAGAAAGGUGAAAUAGACAGAGAACAACAACAAAUGGCUACGUUAUUAUCAAAGUUUAGGAUAGAAUGUAAAGAUAUGAAUGUUAUAAAUGUGUCAAAACCACCAAAAGAAGAAAGUGUUCGAGAUUUUAAUUCACGAUUGAGUGAUUGGAUGUUAGAUGAGAGUAAAGGUGAAACAUCAGAGAACUGUCCAUGGAAAACGUCUGCUAAUGAAUUAGAAACGCUGAAAGAUAAAACAAAUCGUCAUAUACGUUUACGUGAACUAAUGAUGGAAAAUUCAAGGGAUGCAUCUUUAAUUGUGAUGACACUGCCUAUGCCAAGAAAAGCUGGUUGUUCCGCUAGUAUGUAUAUGUCAUGGAUAGAUACAUUAACAAGAGACAUGCCACCUAUAUUAUUAUUACGAGGCAAUCAAACCAGUGUUCUUACAUUCUACUCUUAGUUGACAUCCUGAAAUAUGAAGACUGCGCAUUUAAUUAAUUGUUAAUGUUAAUAGUGCUGAUUGAUUGCUACUUACUUAGUUAUCAAAUAGAAAUAAGUCAUAUACUUUUAAGAUUUAUGUCUGUGAUGAAGUGCAAUCAUAUUUUUGUUUUUGAAUAUAAGAAUAUAAAUAGCCCCAAUCUUGUAAUAUUUGGAUGGCUGAUAUAUUAUUUAUAUGCUGCUCAUUAUUAGGCCAUUAAAGGAAAUAUUCUAUUUCUCAGAUAUCUCUGUAUAACAUGUAAUUUCAAAAAAUAUAAAAACAUCCUCAUUGAUUACUGUUUGUUCAUAUUUACUUGGUAAAACUGGAAGUGUACCCUAGGUUCAGUCAUCUAGUAACAUCUUCUGAUUAAUGUUUUUGACAAUCGAAAAUGGUACUGGACAGUUGUAAAUUGACUCAUUGUUAAAAGAAAUGCUGACCAUCAAUUUGUCUGGUUAAUUUUUAAAGAUCUUUUAAGUCUUUUGUGGAUGAUAAUUAUACUCCAUUGAGGAACAUUCAUAUUAGAACUUCCAAAUCUCUCUUUAUGCUUUCAUCUGUAGACUGAGACGAAAAUAAGUUACUGUUUGUAAAGAAACUUAAAUUCACCUUUUUUGAAGUAUUACCCGAGAACUAGUAUAUUUUUUGUAUGCCGUAGUUCUGUAUAUAGGACUGAGAUAGUCUCUAUAACUGCUGGGAAAGCCAGAUAUAACAUAGCUUUAGCCAAUAUGCAAUCAUCUUGUAUAUAUGUAUAUAUGUAGGUAUUUUUUUAAUAGAAUAGUUGACCAAGGGCAUUAAACUGUUAUAAUAGUGUACAUUGUUUGCCAAUCUGAUUAAAACACAAAUCCCAUUUGUUUCUUUUUUUUAUAGUUCAAAAUUUCUUUUACUUGUCUGUACUACACUAGAAUAGGGAAGCGUUGUUAUAUAAUCGCAGUCUGGAUGAUGUGAGGGAUUAAAUAAGGAAAGGUCUGUUCUGGCAAGUUUUUUUGGCGUGAGGUGCACAGAAUUGUAGGCAACCCACAAGAAACAUCAACGCUGAUUGGUUAAUCAAAUGUCUGACAUCACAGGGUCAAAAGCCACUUGUAUGACUGCUGACGUGACCUUCCAACCAGUCAGAUCUUCAUGUAGUAUAGACCAUCGAAAGUAUAAAAAAUGAAACAAGAUAUAGAUCUGUAUUAAUCAGAUUGAUUGUUUGCUUGAUAGAGUGUCUUUCAAAACUAUAGUACACCGUAUUGUACUGUUUGUGAAUUGUCGUAGAGCUAUCAAGGAAAUUAAAAGAAACACCAAGUAAUCAUGGAUAAUAAAUGAAAUGAUAAUUUAAUACAAGUCAAAAGUUUGCUUUUAUGGUGUGAAAUGUUUAGUUGCAUCAAUAGAAUGUAAACUUAGUGUUACUGGUAGUCUUGAAAUGAUUCUUGUACUGUGUUGAUGAAAAUUAACCCAUUCUUUUCUUUUGGUUGUUUUUUGUGUUAAGUAUCUUUUUAUUAUUUCAUUUUAUAAUUAGAAGUGUGACAGAUUUGAUUUAUAUUGAAUGGCUACUUUAAAGCAAAUUGUUUCAGUCAAGAUUGGUGAAUUUUGGGGAAUUUCAAAAUUUUCUAACCAAACUUAUCCUGCUAUAAAAAAAAACCAACACAAUUACAAGCUAUCAUGUGCUUAGAUCUUUUGAUUGUGAAAGCCAUUGUGACUCGUUGAGUAUGGUGCUGGCUCAGAAUCCAGGAGAUCCUGGUUUUCAUUAUGGUAUUGAAUCAGAAAGCUGCAUGGAAAUUUCAAGCCAGGUUUCCCCCUUGUCAGUAGUGCAGACAAGGAAAAGUGUCUAGUUGUUCGAAUGGGACAAAAGAACAUUGACUACCUGUUAAAGAGUAGGCCAAAGCACUGCUGACCCUCACUUCACACUGCAUAACAGUUUCUGCAGAAAAGUUUGACAUCAUUUCAUUGUAAAGCUAAGAAAUAUUGUGUAAAUUUAAUCAGUGCUAGGUUACAUUUAGUUUCUUGACAUUUAAGUUUAGGGAAUAUUUUGUAUAACAGUAUGUCUUAUUGAUUUAUUUACACAUUUAGAUAAGUGCUAUUUUCUGCCAUUUUAAUAAAUUAGAUAAUUAAAUGAACAAUUUUCAUUAUUUUGAUCAUAUUGCAUUGCAUAUUUCUCUUGUUAAUCUUCAUUUUGUUAUAAAUGAACUUAGUUCUAAACAGGUCACAGUUCUAUGUAAUACAAUUACUGUUUAUUACCGAGCACUGUUUCAACUAGACUUCUCUAGUCUUUAUCAAGAAUUGUGUCCUGUGUAUUUCUAGUUCAUUUAUUAAAUACCAUUGGAAACAAUUGAAUCUUAUUUCAGUUUUCAUGUAAAAUUUGGGCACCAAAUAUAUAGUGUACAUGCACAAUUAUAUGUAAUAUGCAUGAUUAAAUCAGUUCUUAUGCAAUCAAGAAAUAUUGGUGGAUAAUAUGAAUAAUAAAUCCGAUAAUCUAGUGAUAAAUUUAUAUUGCACAUUAAUUUUUUAGUUAAUUCCAAACUUUAUAUAAAAAUUCUGAAAUUUUGUAAAAGAGCUGAUCAAUUUAUUCAUACAAUAAAUUUACAUAACCGCAAAAAUAUAAAAACGAUUUUGAAACCAAAUUGAAAAUGCUUUAAUUUGUCAGUAAUCAGUUUAUUUGGAGACCAUGGUUAGAUAUGCUUUCAUCCCAUAGUUGAAAUGUGUUAAAUAUUUUUAAAGGGACCCUCUUUAAAAUGUUGUUUCAAGUGUCUUUACAUUGUUAUCAUUAUACAUAGAAUAACUGUAUAUAUACCAGAACAGAAACUUACUCAUAUUUUUGUUACGCAUUUAGUGUAUAUAGUAUAUUGUUGUAAUGUAUAAUUACUUGUAUAGAAGAUGUCUAGUUUUGUAUACAUAUUUAUAGUGUUCAGUAUAUUAAUUAUGAUGUACCCAGAUGGGUAGAGGUUAAAUUAUAAAUGUUAAUAUUCUUAUCUGAAUUAUAUUAGAUCUAUUUAAUACAACUGUUUCACAAUCAUUUAUUUCUGGUCAGUAGACUGUGACGGUGUCUUUAAUUGGUCUGGUUUAUUUAUAUAAACAUAAAACAGGAUAUGGAUUUCCAAUUUGGCUUCUUGAAUUUGAAGUAACACAUUUGGUAGAGUGAUAUUAAAUAUUUGAUUUGACCUCUAUCCAUUACUUAUCUUAACAUUGUCAAGUGUGAAAAGUUACAUACUAACAUCAAGUGACACAUUUAAUCAAGAUGUGAUGGUGUGAUUGUAGACAAGCUGUUUGUUACAGCAGUUACGAGUAUAUAAGUUGUAUUACUUAUCACACUUGAUGGUUGUGAAUAUUCCUAUUACUAGUUAUAAACAUACUACGCAAAUACAACUAACUCACACACACACACACACACACACACACACACAUUACGCAAAUAUGUCAUACUUGCAAUUUACACAAGAGCUUAUGCCAUGUCCUUAUGAACGAAUAUAUAGUUCAAAUUUUAAAAAAAUGAGUUUUGGAGGUGAUAUAUAUAUUUAGUUAAUGACAUAUUUAUUAAACAUAAUAAUAGUUAUUACUUGUUUUAGAACAAUAUGGUUUGGUUGAUACUCCAUAAAGUUUAUGAAAGAUUGACUUAUACCAAUUACUCAGGUAUAUAAAAUGAGUAGACUAUUAAGAAAUUGGGUUGUGAAAUGACUACUCUAGAAAACUUUUUUUUUUUUUUACAUUGUUCAAAAGCUAGAUAACAUCCAACAUCAUUCAAUCUUUAAUUAUUGACCUACAAUAUACUCUGGCCAUUUUUUUUAAUGGAACCAAAUUAGUGGAGAAAGUUGAUGAUAUUUCCAACAAGAAGGGAAAAUAACAGAAUUAUACAUUGCAUUGUAAUAUUUUAUUUGAAAGGACAAUAAUUUAGUCUUAUUAUUCAGAAUCUCGUUUCCAGCUUUUAUAUUUAAACAUAUUUUACGUUAUUUUCUUGUUCAGUUAUUAUAUUCCAAGUUAUUUACUUAUUUUAUUUUUUACUGCCAUUUUAUUCCAAAAAUAUACAUUAAUAUUUUGAGAAAGGAGAUAAAUGUAGACAACACAGUUGCUUUACAUUCCCAUUCUGUCUAUAGUCUAUUCUAUCUAUAGCAGUGAGAGACUGUAUUAGAAUAUUUGUUAAUACUUAACAUCCUAGUUAGAGUAUAAUGCCAUGCUUUGCCAAUACUAACUUUAAUGUAUUUGUUAGCAAUUUUUAUAUGCACACGUUAAAAUGUGGUCAUAUAUUGGCCUCCCGUAUCCGUAAGUCUGGCUGACUGGCAUCCACAAACAAUUAUGGCCCUUGAUCACUUUGAAAUAUCUUGUGGAUGCUCCACAGGCCAAAGUGACCAUUCUAUUGACUUUAGUCUUUAGAUUGAUACAAGAUCUUGAGACGAACAAUUAUAUUGAUUUUCAAUGAUUUUUGAUAACUUGAACAGCUAAAUAUGAAAUGUUUUGUAUACUAAACAUUAACAUACGAUAGAACUAGAAGCCAAACAAAUUCUAAUGAUUUUCUGAUAAUUACUUAAACAUACAUUAUGCAAGAGCUAAAUCUGUCUAUUGCAGGUCUUUCUUUAGGCCUAAAAUGUUAUCUAGAUUAUUAAUUAGACAUUAAUUAACUUAUCCAGACCAUAAUCAACUCUAGAUGGCAUCGCUAGCCUGCGAUCUUACGUGGAUUGUGAUCCGAUUUACUGCAUAACUUUUCUUCUCGAUUAAAUGGAUAAUCGAGACUAUGCUGUUUAACGUACUGACUUUAGUAAUGAUGACCAAGGCUAGGCAGAAAUUUUAUUCGCUUAGUUCUCACUCCAUAGUGGAUCAAUUUGAAUGAAAUUUUCAGCAAAUUGCCUUUACGUUAUCUAUUUUUUAAUUAUUAUAGUGAGAACUGCCAACUCGUUAUCGAAUCUCCCAUAAUGUAUCUUUAAUGAGUUGUUACUCUUAAGAAGAUUUUAGUGUAUUAUAAAUGUUUCAUUACCGACAAAAGAACAAAUAUGUGACAACUCUUAUUGACUGUCCGGGCAACUUAGCUGCUGUGGGCGUAUGUAUCGUUGGCUGGCAACCCAUGUUUUUAAGGAUAUUGGUUGUAUUAAAAAACACUAAAGUAUCUAUCGAAAAUAUAUAAUUACAUUAAUCAAUAUGAAGUUUGACUAGUAGGCAGCUGGACAGGUUAUUGUUCUGUAAUUCUACUGGACAAAAAAAAAAAGAAUGAUGCCCCUCCCCUGUAUGGUUGGCCAAAAUUUGUAUUUCUAUAUAGAGAUAGAGAGAUUGGGUUUACUGUCCAUGCAAUACAAACUAGGUCAUUUUGGGACUAACAUAUGGUUCUAUUUUAUUUCAAUAAUUAGCUGUGGGAAAAAAACAGGACCUGGAGUUGAAAACCCAUGAGGUUGGACAAGCGACCCUACUUCUUGUCACAUACAAACAGGAUAUCAAAAUAUGCCACUUGACUCAGUGACAGACAAUAUGAUCUAACACUUACACGUUGAACCAUUCGGCCACCCACCCCUUAUUUCUAUAUACCACAUGCUUCUAAAAUAAAAACUGUAUCUGUUGUAGUUUAGGGUGAACAGGUGUAUAGGGUGCUAGUUAUCAGUAUUGUAAUAUUGGUGUAUUGGUGAACAAUGUCUAAUAUAGGCAGUGUGUAAUAAUCAUACCAUAAUACUUUCUAGUUAUUGGGACCAUGUAACAAAUCGGAAUGUUUAUAUUUGUCUUAUUUUUAUUCUGUUUGAAAAUAUUGAGUUAAUAUAAAUACUGAAUACUUCCUUUAACUGGUGUGUGUAGCUUUAAAUGUUUGUUGGUUGGUCGAAAUUGAAUUUCUUUACAUACAUUUUUUUCUUUUUAUUUGGAUGUACUGUCUCAUAAAUAUUAAAUUCUGUGCAACAUAAAUGACAGUGUCUCUUAGUCACUGAUGGGAUACUCUUUAAAGUAUUCUUAUUUAUUUUUUGUAUAGACUUUAAAUUAAUUUCUAGUAUUACUUGUAUUGCAAUAUUCUAAAUCUAUCAAUGUUUGGGUUCGGAUUUGAAUUUUUAUGAAAAACAAACAAAAAUACAACUUUUUAUGACAGGAAUUAUCUACAGAAAUAAACAGAAUAA